GGAUCCUCCUAAUAACUAUACUGUAUUUUCAGUAUGACCCUGAUGGUCGCUACAUUGUGAUGGAUAUAGCGAAGCCGAAAGGAGAACGUGCCACUGACCUUGGCACCAUGGCCUACUACGUGGAGAAAGAUCUGAAGGUCUCCCCUCUGUUCCAGGACCAGAGCAAGGUCCAGCUAAGCGGGGGCAGCCAGAACCUGGACCUGGAUAAGAUUGUGGUGUACUACGUAGAUGAGGAGCGUCCAACUAUCACCAUGCAGUACCUGACCGGUGGAAUCAUUGCCGUCAUCGUGGUCGUGGUGCUGGUUGUGGUCUUCGGCUUAGUGGCCCUGUUCUUUGUUAAUCGGAAACGGCAGCAGCGCUACAGCAAGACUCAGCAAAGGGAGCAAAUGUAAAGCAGCAGGAAGUCUAUGGAGAGUCAUCCUGAGAGGAAGAGUGCCAUUUUGUUUUUAGUCUUUUUUUGAGAAACUGAGAUUUGUUUCCAGAAAAGUUUUUUUUCUCUCUUAUGGUUGCCCGUUUAUUUAUAACAUGUGGAAACUCUUGGCACAACAUGUAUCUGAUCAUGACUUUUUAUUUUUUUGAAGAUGUGGUUGAUGUAAUGUUAGAAUCUGUUCAAAAGCUGGAAAUUUCUUAUCAUGGACUGUACAGUUUCUUAUGCUGUUUGACUUUUUAAUAAAACUACUUUUAAAAUGUA